AUGACUGAAAAUAUCACCAACACGAGUUGGUUUCGCUCGUUUGCUCGCUCUGGCAGUGGUGGCAAUCAUAACAACAAUGCCACCACCGGGGCCAGUAACACGACGACGACAAAACAACCCCAAUCAUUUCAACCACCCAGUCUCCAGACCCGACACACCUUCCACCGCGUCCCAACACCCAUCUCAACUCCGGUGGAAUCCCCCACAACUGACUCACCUCCCACUCGCCGUCCCAAUAAUGCCCAACACCAUCCCCAAGGCCACCAUCACCGCAAAUCUGCAGGCGCCACUCUCCGCACCGUCUCGAGCUUCCUAAGCCUCAAGAAUGGAAGCCACGGGUCCGGCGGCAAAAUCGGCCGCGGUCGUGGCCGGACUUCGUCGUCAGCUGAUGCGGAUUUGAAGAGGGCUGAUUUGGGCCUGGGGCAGGAAGGUGGGGAAACCGAGGUAAAGCGCGAGAAGGCGAAACGACGGGGACGAGAGGAGGAACGGCAACGGGAGAGAAGGGCGUCGGAGGAAGCCGCGGCAUUACUGAUUCACGCGCCCGCAUCUUUGUCGAUGCUGCCGUUGACGGAUGUGGAUUAUGCUUCCUCAUCCGUCUUGGGCUUGGAGAAGAGCAUCUACGGGGCAUACGGGGCAAGGAACAGAAGCGGGAGUGGUGGAGGUGUUGCCAGCCCCGCGGGUGUUGACAGGGAGAAGGAGAUGGUGGAUCAGGGGACGUGGCAUAAUCCGAAUCUAAUGCAAAUGGCUGAAAUGUUAAGCAGCGUAAUGGGGAGGAUGAGCAGUAGCGAUCGGUUGGAUCCUAGAUAUCACUCAUGCGUACUAUCGCUCAUUGAGGGUUUCUACCAGCUCACGCGGAAACUUCGCGAAACCGAGGAGAAACUAGACGAAUUACAAGACCUGCGAGAGAGGGAGCUCGACGAGUUCCGUGGCAUGACGGAGGAGUGGAUGGAGACCGGCGAAGCCUACAAGGCAGAGGUCAAACGGCUAGAACUCGCGCUGGCUAAGGAAAGCAAGGACGGGAUGGCCAGCGUUGCUCUCGCGCGCAAUGGAAGCCUGGUCGACCGAAUUGGGAGCAAAAGGUUUCAUGCGCGACUCAAGCAAUUGAACAAUGUUCAAAUUCAAGAUAUCAACAAAAGUAAAAAGCCGACACCCGCCGCACAAGAGCAACCGGAUUAUGUGGCGAUGACAGGUUCCAUGCCUAGAAUUCUUGACCGUCAAAACGAUAUCGAGCUAAGCCGUAUGUUGGAAUUGCGCGAGCUUGAAGAGAGGCAAGCUCAUCAAAAACGUCAAGGGGGCCGACUACGUGCGCCUCCUGUCUUCAUCCACGGACACGGCGCCCCUGAAUCCCAACACAUGUUUGAGGAGACACCCAGAGCCCAGCAGCUUUCGUUCUUAGAUAUGAAUCAAGGUGCCUUGGAUAAUACGAUGCGGGAGGAUGUUGCGGGGGACUGUGUUCCCCAAGCCCGCCACGUACCGCAAAACUCACUGUCAUCGUUAUCAACCGAUAACGAGUCGAUUUCAUCCUCCUCAUCUUCCUCAUCGGACUCGGACGCUGGGCAGUCACGCGGGCCUUUUAGGUUAUUUGGCAAAACGAGAGGCAAGCCGGAGAAGACGAACCGAAAACAGUCCAGCCUGUCAGAUCCGACUGGCUUACCACACAGCAGCACAGGAAAAGUUAAGGGCGGGAUGUCACGUCUAAUGAUGAGGAGUGAACGAUUCUCGAACCAAGAGUCUUCACUAGAACCUCCGCCCAGUAACAAAGACCGGCGCCGGCGCUACUCGUUUGAGAAGGGUGGUGAUGACCUCCUCACCGUAACUUCACCUACGUUUGGCCCUGAAGUCUCCAGGCCAUGCGCAUCCUCAGCUGGAGAAGGGGCCACCAACUCAUCCGAAGCUAAGGCGUCUACACGAGCCAAACCUGGCCUUAGAGUAAUCAUACCCGGCCGCUGUGACUAUGAACCCUCAAGGACGCCGUUGUCUGACGCGGGCUCGAGCUCAGUUAGCCACUCGACCUCUAUGAACACCGUCAGAUGGGUUGGUGAAGGUGGAAAUGACAGUGAUAUUGCGGCCAGCCCUUACGAGGUUGAUGAGCAAGGAAGGACGGGAAGCAGGAAUUGA